GGAAGGGUUUGCUAUCGAUUUGGAUUUCCUUGGCAAGGGCAGCAGCACCCACGACGACGAUGAUGAGUGGCACGAGCGACAAGCAGCAGCGCAAGGCGAUCGCCGAGUGGAUCGACAAGCUUCAGGCGCGGGACACGGAGAAGCAGGCCUUCGUCGCGCUCGCAAGCGCGAUUCCGCAUCUCGCUGCCAACUCGGUACCCAAGGUCCUACUCGACCUCGAGCGCAAGCACCCGGAUCCAAUCUUGAUGUCGACGCGUGAAAACGUCGUGCUUUUGAUCGAGCUCAUGUGCACGACGCAGGCGCAUGCGUGCGCCAAGCUCCGCAACAGAAUAACCGCCUACUUGAACCGGCGCCUGCGCGACAAGCGAAGCAAGGUGACAGACGCGUGCGUUGGCGCGGCCGGCGCGCUCGCGCUGCACGCGCUACCAUUCUUGCCGCCGUCCGAGCUCGAGACGAUCGUCCAGCCCUUCUGGACCGAAGUGCACAUCAUGAACGACGGUGCGGCGCGCUGCCUCGGCGCCAUCUUCCAUCCCUCCAGCGACAACGCUGCGCUGCUUGCAGCCCAUGCAGAACGGGCGGCGGGCUAUUUAAUCUCCUUUUUGCCACAGCUGAUGGCCAAGUUUCACGGCAAGAUUUACGCCACGUACUCGCCGAUCUUUCACAUUCUCCUGCGCAUCACCGUCUUGAUCCAAGAUGUGCCGGCGCGCGUCGAGCUCGCAACAGCCAUGGCCGACGCCAUCCCAAGCCUCGUCGCCGCUGUCGACGACGUCCUACACCUGGGCCAGCGGGACGACUGGCUCAAUCGCAAGCGCGGCUUGGACCUUCUUGGCGCACUCGUCGCUUGCUUUCAAAGCCACAGCACCCUCGUCGGCCUCCAGGCAAAGGUUAUGACGCUGGCCGAGCGGGGUCGGUCCGAUUAUGCGUCACCUGUGCGGGAAAGCGCAUCGGCGUUGUUGACGCACCUCGGACCGCUCCUUCGAUCGAGUCAACCAGGUCACGGCUGCACGGACGCUGCGUACGCUGCACUGCACCCGGUGCGACCGUCGAGCCCGAGUCCGCCGAGCCCGACGCGCUGGGUGUCCUCGAGUCCGUCCAAACCAUCGAUGUCAUUUCAAAAGUCUCUGAGCACCACCGCGCCGUUUUCGCCCAGCAGCGUAGCGCCGCGCCCCGUCGUCGCCCGGGACGACAACCAGACAAGCCAAGAGUUUGCCGACAACGCCCGGCUGGCGAUGGAAGAGGGCGACAUGGAGCUCGCGCUGCGCAUUGCGCUUCUCUCGGAAGACCAGAGUUUGCUCUGGAAGGUGCUUGCGUUCGCACAGCCGUCCGUGGCGCUUCUGCGCAAGACGACGCUCGACGCACUCUGCACGUCGUUUGUCGACUUUUUGGCGACGCCCGAGAAGGCCGACGUGAUCUUCCCGUGGAUCUCGUGCCUCGUCAAGCUCGACGGCUACGUCAACUUGGUGGACGCGCGCGUGCUACUGGAGCUCAAGACGCAACUCGCCCACUUCUCGGCGCCGUCGGCCAAAGAAAGCUUGAUUGCAGCCCGGCUGUACGAAGAGCUCUUGCCGUCGCCGAUCGACGAGUCGUAGAACUGUAAUACUAAUGCAGUCGAGGACAGUCGAAUGACGUCACCACGCUUCGACCACACAGACAA